AUCAUAAGAUGAGUUUAAAAAUCAGAACGGGUUGAUGGUGGUGCAUGAAUGAGUGAGGGUGAAAGAGAUUGAUUUCUUCGGCGAAGAAGGGGAGGCUGUUUUUGUCGGAUGUUGCUCCGCGUUAGAGUUACUGGUGUUGGAGUCAACACUGAAUGGGGAUUGCUGAUGGCCAGUAUUUCUGAAGACAAUGGUGAAGAAACUUACUUACUGGUAUGCAUGUCUUCAGGCUUCACCCACUACAGAUAUUCUCCUGAACAUCUGGAAACUCUUGUGAGGAACAUGAAGAUCAGGUUGGAUCUUCAAGCUAUACGGAUGAAUGUGAAGGAAGCUACAGCAGCCCGAAGCGGAAAGACAAGGUUUCGAAUCUUGGUCAUAAGAACUUACACUACACUACGGAGGCACGGGCCAAGAGAUCAUAACAGUCAAAUCCUCAACCUCACAAGCAGACAAGCUGGUGGAUCAUCUGAUCUUGAAAUAGUAUCGACGACAACUGACCAUAUGGACAAUGCAGUGAACAAAUCUUCAAUGGAACAAGAAAAAGAUGCCAAGAAACAAACAUUUGAUGAGAUGGGGAAGAAGAAGAAAGGGAAAGCGAUCAUAGUAGGAGGAAGUAUAGCAGGCUUAUCGUGCGCACACUCGCUCACGUUAGCAGGCUGGGAUGUUUUGGUUCUCGAGAAAUCUUCCGAACCUCCGGUUGGGAGUCCUACUGGUGCUGGCCUCGGACUCGACCCUCAGGCUCGCCAAAUCAUCAAAUCCUGGCUUCCUUCUCCACACCUCUUAGAUGAAAUCACCUUGCCUCUCUCAGUUGAUCAGAAUCAGACAACAGAUAGUGAGAAGAAGGUGACGAGGAUUCUAACAAGAGAUGAGGAUUUUGAUUUCCGAGCAGCUUAUUGGUCAGAUAUUCACUCUCUUUUGUAUAAAGCAUUGCCUCAAACCAUGUUUCUUUGGGGACAUAAGUUUCUGUCUUUCACAAUGUCACAAGAUGAAUCUAUUGUAAAGGUUAAGACUUUAGUUAUGGAAACUCAAGAAACCGUUGAAAUUCAAGGAGAUUUACUUGUUGCAGCAGAUGGGUGUUUGUCUUCUAUUCGGAAAAGUUUCUUGCCUGACUUUAAACUGAGGUACUCUGGUUAUUGUGCUUGGAGAGGUGUUUUUGAUUUCUCAGGGAAUGAGAACUCGGAAACAGUUACUGGAAUUAAGAAAGUGUAUCCGGAUCUUGGAAAGUGCUUGUAUUUUGAUCUCGGUGAACAGACUCAUACCGUGUUUUACGAGCUUUUUAACAAGAAACUCAACUGGAUUUGGUAUGUCAAUCAACCAGAGCCUGACCUGAAAAGCAACUCUGUUACUCUAAAAGUGAGCCAAGAAAUGAUCAAUAAGAUGCAUCAAGAAGCAGAAACCAUCUGGAUCCCGGAGCUAGCGAGACUCAUGAGAGAAACAAAGGAUCCUUUCCUUAAUGUUAUUUACGACUGUGACCCUUUAGAACGAAUCUUCUGGGGGAACAUCGUGCUGGCAGGAGACGCGGCUCAUCCCACGACCCCUCAUGGUCUAAGAAGCACAAACAUGUCGAUACUUGAUGCGGAAGUGCUAGGCAAAUGCCUGGAGAAAUGUGGACCUGAUAAUCUAAGUUUGGGUCUUGAGGAAUAUCAGAGAAUAAGAUUGCCUGUUGUUUCUGAGCAAGUUUUGUAUGCGAGGCGUUUGGGGCGUAUCAAGCAAGGUCUGGAUCAUGACGGAAUUGGAGGUGGCGGUUUGGAGCAGAGAACCAUGCCAUUUUUUUCUUGUGCUCCCCUUGUCUAAUAUUUGAUGUGAAAAGAUGUUGUAUGUUAGUGAUUGUGUGUUUCAUAGCCAUGAACAUAACAUUGGGAACGUCAAUGUAGAAAGUAGAAACAAUGAAUACUUCGAAUACAA